AAUCAAACCUCGACGGUACGCCUUUGUUGACUUCAGUGCCAGUUAUUGAGACUACUGCGAUAGUAGACUGGCGAGAAGUAUUCAGUUGAUGGUAAAGAAUCAUUGAUGAAAUAACGAUUUGAGGAUACCAGGUGGUCAGUGAAUGGACUUUAUCUGUCUUUUAUAUACAUAAAGAAAAGAAAGAUGGAGGCCAAUAUAUCGAAUAACGCUAACUUAUCCAUAUUCUUCCGCUACAGUAUAGCUCAACUGCACGAAAAAUUUGCACCAACCGCUGCUGCUAUUGACCAAUCUGUUACUCCUAUUCUUUAUUUUAUUGGAAUUUUAACCAAUCCACUGUCAGCUUAUAUCUGGUUGAACCGAAAUACAAGAAAGAACAAUUCAAGUGCCAUAUACCUUGGAACCUUAUCAAUAUCUCAUUUUACUUUCCUCAUACUUCAUAUUUUCGUGGAAUUAAACUAUGCAUGGGGUGUAAAAUCUUAUAAUGACUACAUAUCGUGUGAAAUAUUCAAUGUAGUUUAUUAUAUACCCCAAUAUUUAGCGCCUCUCUUAGUCUUGGGUUUUACCGUUGAACGAUAUAUUGCUAUAUGCUUUCCCUUCAGCAAAGAGAAGUAUUGUACUGUACACAGAGCAAUUAUGGUCAUCGUUGGAUUAUCUGUGCUUUCGGUGCUACUGUGUAUCGUCCAGGCGUACUUCUGGACCUACGAUCCGCGAAAACAGGACUGCAACCAUCGACCCGAAGCUGUAGAAGGUGCACAAGCUAGCAUUCUAUCCAUAUGGACCUGGAUCAGUGAACUUCUAAUAUUCGGCAUUCUUCCUUUAGCAGCUUUAGUGUUCAAUGUGUUAGUUAUUAUGGAAAUUCGUUCUCUGACGGCUGGUGGCCCGGCUUACAUGUCAUCCGGUGGCGGCCAGGCGGCAUCCACCAUAACACUUCUUUGCGUUUCGUUUUACUUGAUUUGUACGUGGUUGCCUGCUACAGUAGUGUAUUCGCUUCAACAAGCUAUUCAUAUCGGCGGCGAAUAUUUAACAGACGACCAAAUUGCUGCUGAUUCAACAUGGAAAGGCUAUUUUACGUAUUACAUUGUUCGUAAAAUAGUAGAGGAGAUCACAUUGUCAAAUUCAGCCUGUUAUUUUUUUAUCUAUUAUAUUACUGGAAAACAUUUCCGUGAAGAAACCAAAUUGAUAUUGGGAAUUAAGAAAUGUUGUAAACGCCCCACAAAAGACUCUGGACUUUCGGAUUAUCAAACUGUCUCGAAGACCAAAAAGAUCACUAAUGGGAAUUCAUACGCCACAAAUGUGUGACCUUGAUAAUUCUAUAGAUACGAAGCUGUUCAGAUGAUUUAUGAAGACUUCGUUGAGGUUAUAUACGCUCGAGUCAUUACACUUAUUAAGUUCUCAUGGUAUACAUAUGAUAUAUGACUUGCUAAUAACAGUUAAUGGUGCAGAAAGCAACUGUGUCUUAAAGGCAACGGUGUCGAUAAGUAAAGUGAUUUGGAACUUUCUGGCGAUAAUGGUGCCAUACAGCUUCUAUACUGCUUUAUAAAUGUCUAUUAAUAAUCUUUGCUUGUUAGAUAAAUAAUUCUUAAAUUAUGU